UCACUUUAUUAAUUACUUUCAGUUUUAACGUCAAAAAGCUUACAGUUCGCCAUUGUGUUUCCCGUGUGGCUUAGCGACAAAAUGUUCAAAUUUUUUCAAUUAAUUCUAUGGCUGUAUAUCAGUACAGUUGGCUGUACCAGAAAAUAUUUCGAAACAUUCGUUAUAGAACCGCAACAAUCAAGCCGAAAUGCAAUUAGUUUGGAACAGUUCAAGUGGCCUAAUGGAAUAGUUCACUACAUAUUCGAUAGUAGCUAUAAUGAAAGCGAUCGAAAUUCCGUUCUUACUGCUAUGGAUCUCAUUGUUCAAAAAACGUGUGUAAAAUUCGUUGAAAAGACCCCUAACCAAGUCGAGCAUAUUCGAUUUCUAAAGUCACAAAAUGGAGAAUGUGGUUCGAAUGUAGGCUAUCGUCCAAAUCAAGUAAAGCCGUUAGAUGUUACCUUUAGUGCAGACUGUCUUGGGUUACGUGGCGCUGUACAACAUGAGCUACUACAUGUUCUGGGAUUAUUUCAUGAACAAUGUCGACCUGACCGUGAUGACUAUGUGGAAAUAUUGUGGAGUCAUAUUGACCCCCUUUUUCGUCGAAACUUUGAGAAGGGAGGCUAUUCCAUCCUUACAACGUUUGACCUACCAUACGACUAUGAGAGUUUGAUGCAUUAUCCAGGAAAUGCCUUUGCUAAGAGAGGGGAAAACGUUACCAUAAGAUCAAAGAAAGACCCUGCUCAAAGGCUUGGACAAAGUGUUGGUCCCACGUUUUAUGAUCUGGAAAAAAUCCGACGAAUGUAUCAUUGCAAAUAGAUAUGGUUAACAUUUGAUGCAAUGUACCUACCUUCAAUCAUUUUCUUUCGGUG